AUGGCCAUGGGUAGCCGGAGACCUCAAGCCCUUGCUGUGGUUGGGAUCCUCGCCAUCGCGAAGGUGGCCUUCCUGGUGCCGCAUCGCAUCCGAGUGCCUCGGGAUGUGGCAAGACGAGGAAGCCCCCAGCUGGAAAAGUCGCAGGAGCUGCUGCACCAGCUGGCUGAUGACAUGGAUGAGCUGGUGAAGAUGCUGCCAGAGGAAGGCGAGGAUGAUGACCAGAUCCUGAGACGGGAGCAGGCACAGCCGCAACCGCAACCUGAGACGCCGGGCGCCGCUACCUCGCAGGCCUUGGCGACCGGAAGUGUGGAGGUGGGCCAGGUUGUCUCGAGCCUUGAUGUCGGCGCCCUUCAGCCGGUUGGUGACAACCAAUACAUCGCCACAGUGGAGCAGAUUCAGGCCAUUGUGAAUGACAAGGUCCAGAAGUACACUGCCGUGAUCAAGAGCUUCGAAAGGUACAUCAAUGAGCUUGAAGAGGAGCUCGAAAAAACCGAAGCAGAGCUUGAGAAGAAGGACCAGACUUUGCAGGAAGAAGCUAGGAUGAGGCAGGAGGCGCAAGCAGAGGUUUUAAAGCUGGCGGACGAGCGAGAGGAGUUGGAAAGGUCUCUCCUCAUGGCUCAGGAGGUCCAGUCGAAAUCCACAGCAAUCAUGGGAGGCCUGAACUCGCAGGCCGAGCGCUUCGCGGGAGAGUUGACUGAGGAGGAAGCGUCAGAUCUGGAGGAGUCAUUGAUGAUGGCUCAGGCGAAGAAUGCCCGCGCCACCAGAGAUGCAGAUGAUAGAUUCGGAGAGCUGCAGGAGGUCGAAGCAUCUGCAGGCAACAUGGGCAACGCCACUUGCUGCUCCAAGGACGAGUCCAGCAACACCGAUUUGCCGGAGCAGAAGGAAGCGCCAACAACCGCUCCGGAGACCCCUGUCGUGGAGGAAGCUGUCGCUCCUCAACCUCGUGAGGGAGAGUUCAUCAUCGUCUUGGACAAAACCAAUGGGCAGCGUUUGGGCAUGGACGUGGAUCAUGAGGAUGGUCGUACCCUGGCUGUCGAUGCUAUCACCGGUGGCCUCAUCGAGCAGUGGAACAUGGAGCACCCGGAGAAGGCAUUGAGGCCCAAGGACCGCAUCGUGGAAGUCAACGGUUUGCGUGGUGACGUGCUGCAGCUCGUGGACGAGUGCAAGAAGCCGAAGGGGAUAGCCCGAGGUUUUGACUAUCUACGUGAAGAGGGAGGCUGGUCCGGCCUGAGCAAGAAAGCAGGACCCCAAAGGCGCGAGGACGUCUUGGGUCACUUCCUGGAUGGAUUCAGGAGGCAUCAAUUGAGCAAGAGGGCAAAAGUGAGUGAGCCGUGGCAAGCAACCGUGGUGGAUAUCCAGAUAGUGUCCUCCGCGCUUGCCGGGCUUAUCAAGGUGUCAGAUGCCGCAGUGGAGGCAGCACAGCGCGCACAGCAGGCAGAGCAGAGACAGCAGGCGCUAGCGGAGGAGCUGGAGAAGAUGAGAGCCGAGUUGAAGGAAGUUCAGGAUCAGCGCGACAAUGAGACCAAACGGCGUGAGUACGCCGAUGCCCGGUUCAGCCAGUUAAUUCAGCGAGUCGUGGUUCCAUGCGUUGGCAAAAUGCCCCGACGAAGUUCCAGCGUGUCCGCGCUCGAGCACCUGCCGGAGUCGUGUUUGCACCGGUUGGAAAAAGCACGGCCAUGUCUGGAGCGCUCCUGGGCGUGGAAGCCCCUCUUGUACAAGACUGACCGCAGAAGCUCCUGUCCUGUCCUGUCGCCACGGGGCUCCCUUUGUCCCAGUCGGUGGUGCACGCAGUACCGAGACCCUGCCUCUUGA